AUGUCUCAAGUACCCAGUUCACCAGGGCUUGACGCCGAGAGCCUGGUGCAUGUCAAGGUGAAGCUCGAUGACUGCAUUGGAAGUCACCAGUGCGAGGGGCCACGGAAUGCAGAACUGCCUAUGCGCCUUGUAGAUCUCAAAGCCUGGCCCGAAAGCCCAGAACGCAUCAGACUCGUCGUAACGGAUGAGGUCUUGGCAGUAUCUCAUCAGACAAUCGACUAUGUUGUCCUGUCGUACUGCUGGGGAACGACAACUGCCUUCACUACCACACCCGCCACUCUCAGCAGCCGGCUGAAGGGUUUCAACAUCGCCGGAAUGCCUCGGACAUUGAGAGACACAGUCCAGGUCGCUCGCAACAUAGGAUAUCGCUAUCUUUGGAUUGACGCCUUAUGCAUCCUUCAGGGGAGCCGGCAAGACACUGUAGCGGCGGCGGACUGGCGAUAUGAGGCGGCACGCAUGCACUGGAUCUAUGGAAAUGCUUCUCUCUGCAUCGUCGCUGCUGGGGCCUCGAACUCAGACCAGGGACUGAUGCACAAGGACCCAAGGGUUAUCGCUGAUGACGAAAUAGCGGAAUGGGUAGGUAAGGGAAAGAUUCCCAUAGGCUGCGAGCCAAUCUCCAGCCGCGCGUGGUGUUUCCAGGAAUGGCUCUUAUCCAACCGCCUGCUCGUGUUCGCCAGCACAGGGGUGUAUUACACAUGCGACCAAUACGUCCUCGACACUUCUGAUCCAGACUACGGCUUCCGAUUCCCCCGAUCCCUUCAAGAAGUCGCAGCCAUGGAAGACCGUGGAAAUCGCAGAUAUGACAGUUGGCAGACCAUGGCAAUGAAUUUCUGUGGCCGCAGCAUGACCGAGCCGAGUGACAAGCUGCCUGCUUUAUCUGGCAUGGCGCAGAGGUAUGCAAGUCUAAUGGGCUGGCAGCCCGGCGACUACCUUGCCGGGCUGUGGAGACGCAGUCUCAUCGGCGAUCUUCUCUGGGUCCGUGAGGAAGGUAUCUCAUCCAUCUCAGCGACGCCCGACCCCACCAAGACAGGUCGCCAAUAUGGACGCGCCCCGUCUUGGUCGUGGGCCUCGAUGGACGGCAGCAUUAUGUACCUCUCGUUACCAGGCGGGUAUGCCCCGGACAUCGUCUGCAUUCAAAGCUGUGAAACUGUGAAGCCAGGUGUGGAGGACGAUCCGUUUGGUCAGGUUGUGUCUGGCCACCUAGAUAUUGUAUGCCCUUACAUGACACUAUGGGCCAGACCGAUGGUCCAAGAGACUGGCGAAUUGUACUUCCAGCUUUUUGACGCAGAAGGUGGGUUCGUCAGCUUGCUAACGGUGGAUGAUCCGGCUGAGAUGGACGCAUCCCAGACAAAUGUGUCCACUACGCCGCAAUUUCAGCGAGACGAUUCAUCACAUCGAAAUGAAGGCAUAAUGGUACACUGCCUGGGGCUUAUGGUCGAGCAGAGCCCGCAAAGAAGGGAUGGGAAGAUUCGUUGGGCCGGAAUGGCUGUACGACCACUGAUUGGCAACAGCUAUGCUCGCGUUGGGAAUUUCUGGAUUGCGGGUUUCAAAAUCGUGGAACAAUCGAGGUUCUUGAUUGUGUAA